AUGCUCAACUGCACGCAGCUGCUUCGGGAUGCUCUACCGAUCAUUGCGGAGGCGGAGGCGAACAUCAAUGAACCGGGUGUCUCGACCAUUUUUAAGCAACCUCGGUGUUCCUCUCCACGAUCCGGAAUUGACUUUUAUAACUUUGACCCUACCAACAAGUCUCAAUCACUUGUAUUUGAAUAUAUCGUCAGAAUGGCACCUAUUGCACUUGAUGACUCUGUUGCUGCCGCUUCUGCCAAAAGUCUGCUCGUGAAACCAUGGAGUCGGCCUAGGUUGACUUCAGAAAACCUGGAUUGGGCCGACCUGCCCAAGAUUGAUCUGUCACGUUUUGAUGAGCCAGGUGGUAAACAAGAACUGGCAAAGCAGCUCUACGAAGCAGUGACCAAAGUUGGUUUCUGGUCCGUCGUCAACACCGGGAUUGAAGAUGAGCGCGUCCUCCGCCAGUUCAGCAUUGGAAACACUUUCUUCAAGGAGCCUCUAGAGGAGAAGCGAAGGUUUCCUUGCAAUUUUUCCGAGGGCGAGUACUUUGGGUAUCGCGAAAACUCGCGCUGGAUUGGUGACACGGGAGUCAAGGAGAACAUUGAAAUGCUCAACGUGCCAAAAGCUAUCUCCGCGUACAGAGAUAUUGGAAAACACAGAGUUGUGGAAGAGAAUUAUGAUGAGAUUGCGCAAUUCCAUCGCGACUUGUGGGAAAGGGUCAUCAACAAACUCUUUGUUUUGAUUUCCAUCAUUCUUGAGCUGCCCGAGGACUAUUUGUCGGACGCACACGCAUACACCGAUGAGUCUGAUGAUCACCUGCGCUACAUGAUCUAUAAUGUUAGAAGCCAGGAGGAGUGGGACAAGGCCCAGGCCUAUUCCAAGGGAGGACAUACCGACUUUGGUAGUUUGACUCUAUUGUUCUCGCAGCAUGUUGCCGGACUACAAAUCCGAACUCCCGAGGGCGAGUGGAAGUAUGUUCGACCAGUUGAUGGGGGCAUCACUUGUAACGCCGCAGAUACCUUGUCCUUUCUCACAAAGGGAUUCAUCAAGUCCACUAUUCACCGCGUCGUGACCCCACCGAAGGAUCAGAUGAAUAUUCCACGCCUAGGUCUGCUGUAUUUCAGCCGACCUGGAGAUCAUACACCAAUGCGCCCUGUGCCAUCCCCAGUGCUUGACCGCCUUGGCCUCUUGACGGACGAGGACAAAGACUUGAGCAGGCCAGUUCCAAGUGGUGUUGAGUAUGUGCGUGCCCGAGUCAAGGAUGUUCACCAUAAGACUGUAUUGGACAAGCGCGAGGGGACUGCUUUCGAAUUCAAAGGAUUGAAAGUGCAGAACUAUUACGAUUGA